CAAAGCCCUCGAGGGGGACCGCCAUCGUCACCCCAACGCUGCGGGUGUCACUGACUCUCGAGCCUCGUCGGAUUCCCUCAGCUAGACAGCCUGUCUAGACAGCAUGGCGGAGAUCUCAGAGCCGCCGCCUACGGCUUCAGACGCCAGUGAAGCCACCCCUGCGAAUGCUGCAGAAGCUUCAACGCCCUCCACGAAGCCCGACUCUGCCACCGCUGCGAAGAGGAAGACGACUGCUUCUAGCACAGCUUCGAAGCCGGAUCCUGCUGCUCCCCGGCGCCCCCUUGCGUCGUCGGCAGCUGGGUCUGCAGCAAAACGCCCGACCACCACCUCCCGACUAUCGACGACGCCCGCGAAGCCUCUGACAACCUCUUCAACACGUCAAUCCACCCUGGGAUCGAGUCUGAGCAAGCCCCCGACGCGCCCAGUUCCCGGCUCGACAGUUCGGCGAGCAGGCACAACUUCAUCCUCGAAGACAGCGGGCUCAGAUCACGAUCAUGACUUUGCUUCUCUCACCUCUGGAGAUGAGAACAAGAAGCCGGGCCUCAAUGGCACACGGCGGACGUCAACACUUUCAUCGUCGACCACGAGGGCUUCACCUUCCAAGGCAGGCUCCGCCGCAGAGAGGCGAUCAACAGUUGCACCACCCAGUACAAGCGCACCCCGACGCCCAGCAGUCUCAUCGCGAACAAGUACAACAGAUACAGGAGCAGCUCGUCCGCCCCCACGGAUGUCGCUGGCGGCUGGAACUAGGCCGACAACGACGCGUCCCAGUACCACCGCCAAGGCGCCCACCACAACUUCACGGGCCACUCCAGGACACUCUAAGAAGCCUUCAACAUCUUCCACCGCUUCGUCUACUGUGGCUGCUAGCACCUCUAGCCUGGCCAAAGGAAAGUCCCCUGCCUUGAGCGGACCUCCCAAGGCCGACCUCUCGAAAGACAAGUCCGUAUCCGAUGCCGAAGUCGAGUUGCGCUCUACGCCCUUUUCUCCGUCUGACGUCGAAGCUGUCGCCGAGGAGACCGCUAGGCCAGACACUGCUCCCAGUGGCUCUGUGACCGACACCGACCUCGAGGAGAGGAAGAGGAGGAGUGCACAGAUAAUGCAGGACUUCCUGAAGGAAACCACCUUACGGGAAACCAUGCAAGAAGAGAGCGACAAGCUGAAGAAAGACAACGAGAAGCUCACAAAGGAAACGACGAAGCUCAAGAAGCAGUUGCUCGAGAAAGACACGUUGAUUGCAGAGAAGGAAAAGCUGUUGGCAGACACACAGGUACAGGGGCAGCCGAAGGCUUCACCUCUGCAGUCGUCUCUCAUCGACCAGAUGGAGAACAAAUUUGCGUUUGAGACCAGGGAGCUUCGUGACCAGAAGGAAAAGCUUGAGGGCGAGCUUGCUACGGCCAAGGCCAAGAAGCAAGAGGUCUUGGAUCAACUCGAUGCUGAACUCGCAACAAAAGAAACAGAGUGGGCGAAUGAG